AUGUCUGAGAUAAAACUGCGAUACAGUGAUGAAGAUGAUAUGGAAUAUAUUCCUUUCGUCGAUACAUAUUUGGAUCUAAGAGGAAGUAUGAGGAAGCAAUUCGCUCUGGAAGCAGCGUUCGUGGAUCAUGGCAGGAAUAUGAUAUGUUCUCCAGUUUCUGCAUUGAUGCCUUUAGGAAAAUUAGCCUUGGGAGCGGAGGGAAGGUCAGAAAGAGAAUUGUUACAUGCGCUAGGGCUUUCGAAUACAGAACAAAUUAAAAGCACGUUUUCCCAGUUAAUCACAAAUAUGGAAUAUCUGCCCGGAGUCACUAUGGAUGUGGCAAGUAGAAUAUAUGUUGGAUCGGAUAACAGGAUUAACAAAAGAUUCUUAAAAGACACCAAAGAAAUCUUCAAGUCAUCUUGUCAGAAGAUUGAUACAUCAAAACCAUCCAAAGCUGCAUCGCUGAUUAACAAUUGGAUCGUGGAAAUUCCCUACGAAGGCGAGCAAUCUGCAAUGAUUAUUGUACUUCCAUACAGCACGAACGGUCUACCAGGACUCCUUCGAGCUCUUAAACUAGCUCCCGAACUAUUGAACGAAGCUCUGGAAAAAAUGAAAAAAACAGACCUUAUACUGACCAUGCCAAAGUUUAAAAUUGAAUCUCAACUCGACAUUUCCACUUUGUAUAAAAAGGUCGGUUUACGGUCGCUAUUUGAUGAUAGAAAAUCUAAACUGACCGGCAUAAUCGAAGAUGAUACGGUUUUUAUUUCUACAGCUAUACAGAAGGCUGUUAUUGAAGUAAAUGAAAAAGGGACUGAAGCAGCAGUUGCUUCAGAUUCUCACCAUCGUACAGAUGAUACAGUAAAAAAGGACCUCAAAGAUGAAAAACCCCCAGAAAUGAUAACAAAUCAUCAAACUAUUCAUGAGAGGGAUUACUUCCUACCUCCAGUUUUCACCGCUGAUGAUAAUGAAGACGAGGAAGAUGAUGAUGAUGAUACUGCAUACUUAGAUUAUGACUAUGACCCUAAAGAAUCUAAUUAUAAAGAUUCACCAGACUUGGCAACGUCUGGAACGGACACACAAGACAUUCCCUCUGUUGAUGAUAAAAUACCUCUGCACACUGCAAAGGACAAUCUCCCUAUCUUCUUGUUGGAGCCAGAAAACACAUAUGUUGUUAAAAACAAACCAGCUACCUUAAAAUGCCGAGCUGCUAACGCUUUAAAAGUAUUUUUCAAAUGCAAUGGCAUACAAACUCAAGCGUUAAAUUUCGAGUUUGUUGACCCUCAAACUGGAGUGCGGAUAAUUGAAGGAGAGUGCAAAGUGACGAGGGAGAACGUUGAGGAGUACUUUGGGAGUGACAAGUAUCAAUGCACUUGUUUUGCUUGGACCAGUCGUGGGCAUAUACGAAGCCAACCAGCUACUAUCGAACUGGCGUAUAUAAAGAAACAUUUCACCUUGGCUCCUCAAUCGCAAGUUGUAAAGCAGUAUACAUCGGUAACGUUCCGCUGCGAGCCACCACCAGCCGCUCCCUUCGUUCAGAUCUAUUGGCUAAAGAACGGAGCCCCAGUGGUCGAGGAUGAAAACGUUCAUGUGUCCAAUGAAAGAGAUCUGUAUAUUAAGCAAGCUUCGUUAUUGGACAUGGCGAACUACACAUGUGUCGCUGAAAAUUUAGCGGGGAAACGGAUGUCUGAACCAGCCUUGCUGACUGUGUUUGUGAAUGGUGGUUGGAGCCCAUGGUCAGCUUGGGUCGACUGCUUUUGUAAUGAACAGGGAAGAGAGGCUCAUUCGGGGAGGAAAAGGGAGAGAACUUGCACGGCUCCUCGACCUUUGAAUGGAGGACAACCGUGCAUGGGACCUAAUGUACAGAAGACUCAGGACUGUAUUGAUUGUGAUUUAGAUGAAAUAGAUGAGUUGGCUGAUGAAUCACCGGAUUUGUUGUUAGGACGUUGGUCCCAAUGGUCUGAAUGGUCCAGAUGUGACUUGGACUGUCUUCGAACUAGGAGGAGACGAUGUCUGUCUAUCAAUGCCUGUCGAGGAAUAGACUACCAGGUGGCACAAUGCAAUCUCUGUGUCAGGACUUCUAAAAGAGAAAUUAAUGAUGGAUCAUAUUGGCCUCUAUUGAUAGCGUUAUCGAUAGCUCUCAUGAUUUUCGUAGUCGUUGUUCUAUUGGGAGUCAAGUAUAUUAAGAUUAAAAUGAGCAACACUUCUCCGUAUGUAAAACCACCUUCAGGUUCGAAUUACUUCGGUAACGUAAUAAAGAGGACGCUAACCAAUCAACCGGACUUGACUAUACACGAAGAGUUCCAAACUAUUGAUUCUCGAAGGACACACAGACAUACGGGCACAUCUACAAAUACUCGCCAUGAACAUCUGUACGAAGUACCACAGCUAGCUAACAGCUACAUCACACCCAUAGACCACGAGGUAAGAAAUGACAGAAAUGGAAGCGAAAGGAAUUACGCUUGCAAGGACAGCGUCGAGUCAGACCGAUCUGACUCCAGUUGCUUUUUGAGCUCCGGCUCAUCGUAUGGCAAUGAAAGUGUAGAAAUAUCACAGUCAUUGGUAAAUAAUGCAUCAGUAGAUUCAAAGUUCUUUGCCAAGCAAUUAGAAGUAGCUACUUCAAAAAUAGUAACACCAGACGGUGAUUGGCUGAAUCUUAAUAAAUGUGGAGUAAGCCUGUUCGUUCCCGAUGGAGUGGUGGAAAAGGGCGAAGAGUUAUUCUCGAUUGAGGUCGCAGACGACGACUGGAAUAGGCCACUGCUGCAAGAAGGUGAGACCCAACUAAGUCCAGUUAUACGGUGCGGACCCAAAAACUUUCACUUUUGCAAGAGUGUGGUCUUGUCCUUUCCACAUUGUGCAGCUUUGAAGAACACCAGCUGGUUUCUAUCCAUCCUCCAAAGGCCCGAAGAAAUCAACUCGAGGGAGUGGCGGAAAGUUUUGACUUUGGGCCAGGAAACGCCCGGGACCCCUCUGUUCGCACAAGUCGACCCUUCCAAAGUUUACCUAGUGAGCGAAUUUCUAAGCGACUUUGUUCUAGUCGGGAGAAGUUUCAGCGGUCUAGACGCGAAGUUGUGUAAAGUCGCUUUGUUUAUAUCUAAAAGAAUGGACGACAGUUACUAUAGUUUGAAGAUUUAUGUGUUUCACGAUACGCCUUACGCUUUCUACGACUGUUUCGAAAGUGAAAAGAGGUCAGGUGGCUCUUUACUCUGUGAUCCAAAAACGUUAUGUUUUCAACAGAAUUGUUCUGAUUUAUGUAUUAAUAUUAGAGAUGUGGGAGUGGGUUGGAAGAUACAUUCCGGGGGGAAAUACCAGGAACUGUCGUACUCCCAAGUGUGGGAUAUGACAGUGAAACCUCUGAAUUGUAUAUUUGUGUUGCAACAAACGGAUUCAAUAAACUGUUUAGAGUUAAACGUUUCUGUUUACCAGAAACAGAAACAAACGAAUUCUAUCAAUUUUAAUUUCAAGACGAACGACUUGAACUUUAGUCCGGGGUUGCGGGGUAAGCGCAAUGAGGCACCGCGACCAGAGCAGGAGAAGGAACGGGAGGGGGGGGAUUUGGUCAGUAAGAAGAGUCUUAGACUCCCUCCCGCCCGGCCCUGGGCGGAAGAAGUCAUUAGAUGA